AUGACUCAGCCACCCGAUUAUUCAACCGAAGAGCCCUCUCGAAUUCCGCCAUUUUCGGGGCAAAACUUUUCCCCUGUUGCUGACUUUUUUGGACCCCCGCCCGCCUACGAGGAAGUGGUUGGCGGUGGAGGAGAAAGACCGACUCGUUUGGCGCCGAAGCUGACCGGCGAUGGAUGGGCGGCGGAGAAAUCCGGGAAAAUCCCGAUUGAAACCUCACCAAAAACAAGUCCAGUGGACGAUCAUCAAGUGGCGAUGAUGGCAAAAGUGGAAAUGAAUCGAGAUGAGGAAAAUGAGAGGAUGAUGGAGGAAGAGAAUGCGAUAAAUGAGCAGGAUAUCGAUCAACCAUCGACGAGUUGUCAAGAUUCCUCUUAUGCAGCUCGUUUGGAGCGAAUGUUUGGAGAGUGUGGUGAGCGAUUGGAAAGAAGAUUCGAGAUGUUGGGUAGAUCGAUCGAGAAUCAAUCGAACACAGCUGGCCAUGUGAUUGAGAGAGAAGCGGGCAAGAUUGGGGAAAAGUUCGAGAAACUCUUCACCGCGACAAACAAGAAAUUCGACGCUGAGUGCACCCGAUUAUGCACUUCAGCCGAUUCAGCCGAUGAA